GCACAUGUAUAAAUAUUUUGUGGCCCAUAAAACAAAAUCAUGAUGAAUUUGGUUGGAGGAAGAAAGAAUAAGAUAAGCAAGCAAAAAACGAAAAAGAAAAUGGUAUCAAUGUCAUGGAAAGAGAAGAAAGAACUUGCUGAGAAGAAAGAAGAGGUUUUAAGAAAGGAUAUAGAUGACCUUAAGACAUGGAUCGAUGUGAUCGAGACCAUGAACGACCAACAAUUAAAGGAAUAUCUCGAAAAUCAUGCUGGAGAAUUAAAAUCGAGAAAGGGCCAAAAGAUCAAGAAUAAGGUUCAAAGCACAAGCAAGUUGAAGUCUUCAAGCUCCUCCAAUGUGAUAAUGGCUUCGGUUUGGAAGUUCCAUAAGAAAUAGUACUAAAAUCACUUCGGAUUGAUUUCUUAGAGAUAUGAGUAUGCAUCUUGACAAUAAAGUUUGGACUGUAUUAUUCAUGUCUAUUUUUUUUCUUCUAAGACUCGUUUAGUUAUGUAUAUUUAAUUAUCUAUUUGAACAUUUGAUAUUA